AUGCCCCGAAGCGAUGCUGGUCUGGAGCUCAGCACCGUGAAUUUGUGGCGUUCCUACAUCAUGAGAGCCUCCGUAGAGGGCGGCCAGAUGUUCUACCCCUGCCAGCACACUCGCGAGAGCCACGCAGACAUGUCGGAGCAGGAGUUCGCGGUGAGGGUGAACGACCAGUUGAAGUCCACGGAGCUGAGGCUGUGCGGCGCGCUCGGCAGGGACAAGAGGCAUGGUGUUCACAUGCGGGCUUUCUGGGCGUCGACAGUAUCUUUCUUCGUGGCGUUCGUGGGUUGGUUCGCCCUGAGCCCGAUCGUAAUCGAGGUGGUCCACAGCAUCGACGCUUGCGAAAACCAGCUCUUCCCACCGGUUGCGAACCCAGAGAGGAAAGCAUUCUUGAAGUUCAAGGCGAUCGAGUCGGGGAAGAAGUAUUGCCAGUAUGGGAAGAUCGGAGAGGAUAACAAUCCGACUGGGUGCCAGGAUGUGCCGCAGGACGUUUGGGACGAGAGUUGUGGCGGGGUGGCGGCCACCGCGUGCACGCAGAGCGAGACGCUCACGGACGACGUCGAUCUGUGCCCCGAGGCAUGCAUGAAAUAUAAUUUCGAAGUCCUCCCUAAGUGCGUUUGCAGCCCGGGCACGCACUGCGGUUCGACGAUCCUGUAUUCAAGCAUCACGUCGGUCGGCAUCACGAUCAUUGUGCGCGUGGCGCUCGGCACCCUCCUCGAGAGGUUCGGCCCGUUCAAUGUGCAGUCUGGCCUCAUGCUCUUCGGAGCCAUCUGGGUCUUCGCCGCGUCGGGCAUCUCGGCAGAGUGGAACUUCAUCUUCAUCCGCAUGAUGUUGCGCGGGGGCCACGCGAUGGGCGCGAGCUCUGACACGGCUUGGCGCCUGUCCAUGGCCGUCCCCGGUUGCAUCUUCGUCGCGGUUGCCGUCAGCAUGAAGCUGUUUUGCUGGGACAUGCCAACGGGGCCCCGCUUCAAGACCAGCGACACGGGCAAGACAUCAAACGCGUCGAUGUGGGAUUACGUGGAGUGCCUGAAGGACCCCAGGAUCGUCAUUAUGAUCUUCCAGUACGGCGCCUGCUUUGGCACGGAGCUGGUCAUGAACGCGCAGCUGGCCACCCACUUCCGCGUCUACUUCCAGAUGGAGGCUGGCGCUGCCUCUGCCCUGGCAGGCUCCUUCGGCCUGAUGAACUUGUUCGCGCGCUCAUUGGGCGGCAUCUUCAGCGAUUUUCUUUUCGCCAGGUUCGGUUUCCCUGGCCGUAUUUGGGCUCAGUUCCUCUGCCUUUUCCUCGAGGGCAUCUUCCUGCUCGGCUUCGGAUCUGUGGAGAACUCGCAGCCGUGGUACGUCGCCCUGGCGGUCUUGCUGGGUUUCUCUCUCUUCGUGCAGAUGACCGAGGGCACCAGUUACGGCAUCGUGCCGUUCAUGAACCCGAAGCAGCUCGCGUGCACAUCCGCGCUGGUGGGGGCGGGCGGGAACUUGGGCGCCGUGAUCGCCCUGUGGUGUUUCUACAAUACCCUUGGGCCCAUCGACACCCUGCUCCCGUUCAAGAUCCACGGUGCCUACGUGAUCUUUUGGGCGAUGACCUCUCCGGCGUUCUACUGGACCGACAAGGGCGGCAUGUUCUGCGGCGCCAGUGACCCCGCCUUCCACCACGCAGACAUGUCGGAGCAGGAGUUCGCGGUGAGGGUGAACGACCAGUUGAAGUCCACGGAGCUGAGGCUGUGCGGCGCGCUCGGCAGGGACAAGAGGCAUGGUGUUCACAUGCGGGCUUUCUGGGCGUCGACAGUAUCUUUCUUCGUGGCGUUCGUGGGUUGGUUCGCCCUGAGCCCGAUCGCUAUCGAGGUGGUCCACAGCAUCGACGCUUGCGAAAACCAGCUCUUCCCACCGGUUGCGAACCCAGAGAGGAAAGCAUUCUUGAAGUUCAAGGCGAUCGCGUCGGGGAAGAAGUAUUGCCAGUAUGGGAAGAUCGGAGAGGAUAACAAUCCGACUGGGUGCCAGGAUGUGCCGCAGGACGUUUGGGACGAGAGUUGUGGCGGGGUGGCGGCCACCGCGUGCACGCAGAGCGAGACGCUCACGGACGACGUCGAUCUGUGCCCCGAGGCAUGCAUGAAAUAUAAUUUCGAAGUCCUCCCUAAGUGCGUUUGCAGCCCGGGCACGCACUGCGGUUCGACGAUCCUGUAUUCAAGCAUCACGUCGGUCGGCAUCACGAUGUUUGUGCGCGUGGCGCUCGGCACCCUCCUCGAGAGGUUCGGCCGGGUCAAUGUGCAGUCUGGCCUCCUGCUCUUCGGAGCCAUCUGGGUCUUCGCCGCGUCGGGCAUCUCGGCAGAGUGGAACUUCAUCUUCAUCCGCAUGAUGAUCGGUUGCGCGGGGGCCACGUUCGUCACAAAUCAGUUCUGGUGCUCCCUCAUGUUCGCCCCGAACGUGGUGGGCACCGCCAACGCGACCGCAGCGGGGUGGGGCAACCUCGGCGGCGGCGUCACACAGAUUUUCAUCGUGUGGUGCCUGUUCAAGCCCUUCCAGGCGAUGGGCGCGAGCUCUGACACGGCUUGGCGCCUGUCCAUGGCCGUCCCCGGUUGCAUCUUCGUCGCGGUUGCCGUCAGCAUGAAGCUGUUUUGCUGGGACAUGCCAACGGGGCCCCGCUUCAAGACCAGCGACACGGGCAAGACAUCAAACGCGUCGAUGUGGGAUUACGUGGAGUGCCUGAAGGACCCCAGGAUCGUCAUUAUGAUCUUCCAGUACGGCGCCUGCUUUGGCACGGAGCUGGUCAUGAACGCGCAGCUGGCCUCCCACUUCCGCGUCUACUUCCAGAUGGAGGCUGGCGCUGCCUCUGCCCUGGCAGGCUCCUUCGGCCUGAUGAACUUGUUCGGUUUCCCUGGCCGUAUUUGGGCUCAGUUCCUCUGCCUUUUCCUCGAGGGCAUCUUCCUGCUCGGCUUCGGAUCUGUGGAGAACUCGCAGCCGUGGUACGUCGCCCUGGCGGUCUUGCUGGGUUUCUCUCUCUUCGUGCAGAUGACCGAGGGCACCAGUUACGGCAUCGUGCCGUUCAUGAACCCGAAGCAGCUCGCGUGCACAUCCGCGCUGGUGGGGGCGGGCGGGAACUUGGGCGCCGUGAUCGCCCUGUGGUGUUUCUACAAUACCCUUGGGCCCAUCGACACCCUGCUCCCGUUCAAGAUCCACGGUGCCUACGUGAUCUUUUGGGCGAUGACCUCUCCAGCGUUUUACUGGACCGACAAGGGCGGCAUGUUCUGCGGCCCAGUGACCCCGCCUUCCAGAAACCCGCGCCCAAGCCACGCAGACAUGUCGGAGCAGGAGUUCGCGGUGAGGGUGAACGACCAGUUGAAGUCCACGGAGCUGAGGCUGUGCGGCGCGCUCGGCAGGGACAAGAAGCAUGGUGUUCACAUGCGGGCUUUCUGGGCGUCGACAGUAUCUUUCUUCGUGGCGUUCGUGGGUUGGUUCGCCCUGAGCCCGAUCGCUAUCGAGGUGGUCCACAGCAUCGACGCUUGCGAAAACCAGCUCUUCCCACCGGUUGCGAACCCAGAGAGGAAAGCAUUCUUGAAGUUCAAGGCGAUCGCGUCGGGGAAGAAGUAUUGCCAGUAUGGGAAGAUCGGAGAGGAUAACAAUCCGACUGGGUGCCAGGAUGUGCCGCAGGACGUUUGGGACGAGAGUUGUGGCGGGGUGGCGGCCACCGCGUGCACGCAGAGCGCGACGCUCACGGACGACGUCGAUCUGUGCCCCGAGGCAUGCAUGAAAUAUAAUUUCGAAGUCCUCCCUAAGUGCGUUUGCAGCCCGGGCACGCACUGCGGUUCGACGAUCCUGUAUUCAAGCAUCACGUCGGUCGGCAUCACGAUCUUUGUGCGCGUGGCGCUCGGCACCCUCCUCGAGAGGUUCGGCCCGGUCAAUGUGCAGUCUGGCCUCCUGCUCUUCGGAGCCAUCUGGGUCUUCGCCGCGACGGGCAUCUCGGCAGAGUGGAACUUCAUCUUCAUCCGCAUGAUGAUCGGUUGCGCGGGGGCCACGUUCGUCACAAAUCAGUUCUGGUGCUCCCUCAUGUUCGCCCCGAACGUGGUGGGCACCGCCAACGCGACCGCAGCGGGGUGGGGCAACCUCGGCGGCGGCGUCACACAGAUUUUCAUCGUGUGGUGCCUGUUCAAGCCCUUCCAGGCGAUGGGCGCGAGCUCUGACACGGCUUGGCGCCUGUCCAUGGCCGUCCCCGGUUGCAUCUUCGUCGCGGUUGCCGUCAGCAUGAAGCUGUUUUGCUGGGACAUGCCAACGGGGCCCCGCUUCAAGACCAGCGACACGGGCAAGACAUCAAACGCGUCGAUGUGGGAUUACGUGGAGUGCCUGAAGGACCCCAGGAUCGUCAUUAUGAUCUUCCAGUACGGCGCCUGCUUUGGCACGGAGCUGGUCAUGAACGCGCAGCUGGCCACCCACUUCCGCGUCUACUUCCAGAUGGAGGCUGGCGCUGCCUCUGCCCUGGCAGGCUCCUUCGGCCUGAUGAACUUGUUCGCGCGCUCAUUGGGCGGCAUCUUCAGCGAUUUUCUUUUCGCCAGGUUCGGUUUCCCUGGCCGUAUUUGGGCUCAGUUCCUCUGCCUUUUCCUCGAGGGCAUCUUCCUGCUCGGCUUCGGAUCUGUGGAGAACUCGCAGCCGUGGUACGUCGCCCUGGCGGUCUUGCUGGGUUUCUCUCUCUUCGUGCAGAUGACCGAGGGCACCAGUUACGGCAUCGUGCCGUUCAUGAACCCGAAGCAGCUCGCGUGCACAUCCGCGCUGGUGGGGGCGGGCGGGAACUUGGGCGCCGUGAUCGCCCUGUGGUGUUUCUACAAUACCCUUGGGCCCAUCGACACCCUGCUCCCGUUCAAGAUCCACGGUGCCUACGUGAUCUUUUGGGCGAUGACCUCUCCAGCGUUCUACUGGACCGACAAGGGCGGCAUGUUCUGCGGCGCCAGUGACCCCGCCUUCCAGAAACCCGCGCCCAAG